AUGUCUUCAAAAUCACCUCUUUCGCUCUUGUACGCUGCAAUUCUCGUUCUACUAAUCUCGGUUUCUUAUAUUCACUCUCUUCCACAAGAAGUGAAUAAUUCACAAUAUAAACGAGGUCUCUUUAGCAUUUAUCCAAAAGAACAUAAACGAGCUGAGGGUACAAAUACAGGAGAUUGGGGUUGGAUUCAAGGACAUACUAAACGAGGCGCCCAAGUCGUCGGCUACGCAGAUCUCCUUGGCGGACGUGUAACACUCAGUCAAGAAAGCUCUGGUGUAACAGUAAUCUAUGGUCAAUUCAACACUGGAUUCGGCGACAGCUCAAAUCCCGCUGAUUAUACGUUUGUUUUCGAACCAUCCGGCGUUGUAAUUAAACCCUCGUACUCGAUCUUAAAUGGCGGCACUUCCGCUUGGACUUUGAAUCGCAGCGAUGUGAGAUUGUCGCCUGGUUCUGGCAAAAAUAUCUCUAAAGAUAAGUUGGUUGUGAAAAGGGGUACUACUGUCAUCGGCUCGGGUCCUGUUACUAUCAUAUAA